ACUGGCACAGGUCUUGAGAAGGGACAAACAAAUCAAUGGGGUGGGAGUACCAGGGAGUGGGGGACUCACAACAAAAUGUAUUUUAUAUAUGGACGACAUCAACAUUUUAUGCACUGACCUUUUAUCUGUCAACAGGACGCUGGACUUGACUGACUGGUUUGGACGGGCCUCUGGGUCAAAGCUGAACCGAAGCAAGACCCAAGCCCACUUUUAUGGACCUUGGACAGCGACUGAGACGACAGGACUCCCCCUGACUGUGACCCAGACCGACCAAAAGAUACUUGGAGUCAAAUUUGACAGGGAGGGGGGAGGGAAAACAAAUUGGCCAGACAUGGUAGGGAAAGUUAGGCAAAAACUGGGGUACUGGAGACUUAGGGGACUGACUUUAGAAGGAAAGGUUUUAAUCAUCAAAGCAGUGAUUUUACCCUUGCUUUUACUGAUCAGUUCUGUUUUUAUCCCACCCAGAAGAGUGCUUUUAGACUUGGAACGAGCCAUGUUUUAUUUCCUGUGGGGGUCCAAGUGGGAACGUCUGAGGAGAAGCGUGAUGAAGAAGCCGAAAGAGAAAGGAGGAAAAGGAGUGCCGGACCUCCAUUUGUUUUUAGGGAGCAGAUACACAGCCAUUCACAUCAAAGCUGCUACAACCCCAUCCAGAAACCCAAAGACUGCAGCAAUGACACGGUUCUGGAUGGGGUUCUACCUCAGGAGAUUAAAGAUUUUACCCACUGAUCUUAGAGUACCCGUGUCUUUUAGCCUACCCCCAGCCUACGAUUUUAUUCAGACAUUUUUAAGACAUUUUAAGCUUGAGCACGAGGAGUUGCAGAUUUUAACUAACCACCGCUCUCUGAUUUCUGUUGUGCAGGAGAGGGAACCAGUGAGUCCAGUGCGCGGGCUCGCAUUCGGCGAGCCCUCAACAGUUUGGCGCAACGUAAACCAUUCUGCUCUCCCAAACAGACUCCGGGACCUGUCAUGGAUGGUGGCUCACGAGAUCCUCCCAGUCAGGUCCGUGAUGCACUCCCGGGGCAUGUCGGCGCACUCAACAUGCCCCCGACCAGGUUGUGGCGCGCCUGAGUCGGUGAGGCAUCUGCUCUGGGAGUGCAGCGCUGCCGUGGACCAGUGGGCAAUGGCCGGCUCCUUAAAAUUCCCGUACUUGCCAGCAAGGGAGGUCCUCACAGCACAGCUGGUGCUGUAUGGGGUGAGCCCACAGAAGCAACUACCAGCAUCUGACUUUGUCAAACAGUGGCUCACCCUAGCCGCAAUCAAAGACGCCAUGUGGACCUCCAGAAACUUGCUAGCAAGGAAGCACAAGCAGAUCCCUCCCGUGGCUGUGAUCCAAAUGGCAGUGGCGACGGUCCGGGCGGUCGAAGCUACACGCGGCAUGCCAAGAUCAGAGCCACAAAGAAGAAUCGCCUCUGUGCCCAUUCGGAUGAAGGAGCCGGAGCCACACAAUAAAAGGUCACGGCAGCAGCGGCCUGACUCUCCGGGUGAGGCAGGUGGGAAGGAGCAACAGGGUGGGGAUCUCCUCUGAGCACCACCACAGGAUCCCGAGAGACCCAAUCUGUUUGGGGGAGCGGAAUGAGUCACCCUUGGUAGGGACUCACUCCUCUC